CCGGCAGUCGGAAGUGAGGGCGGGCGGUGGGGCCGUUGCCGCAGUGACAGAGCUGGGGGAGUCCGAAGAUGGCGGCGUCGCGUCGCUCUCAGCAUCAUCACCACCAUCAUCAACAACAGCUCCAGCCCGCCCCAGGGGCUUCGGCGCCGCCGCCGCCACCUCCCCCCCCACUCAGCCCGGGCCUGGCCCCUGGGACCACCCCGGCCUCCCCUACGGUGGGCAGCCUGGCCCCGUUCGCCUCCCCGAGGCACGGCCUAGCGCUGCCGGAGGGGGAUGGCAGUCGGGAUCCGCCCGACAGGCCCAGAUCCCCGGACCCGGUUGACAGUGCCAGCUGUUGCAGUCCCACGAGCACAAUCUGUACGGUCGCCGCCGCUCCCGUGGUCCCGGCGGUUUCUGCCUCAUCUGCCGUCGGGGUCGCUCCCACCCCAGCCGGCGGCGGCAGUAACAAUUCACCGUCGUCCUCUUCUUCCCCGACUUCUUCCUCCUCUUCCUCUCCAUCCUCCCCUGGAUCGAGCUUGGCGGAGAGCCCCGAGGCGGCCGGAGUUAGCACGACAGCACCAUUGGGGCCUGGGGCUGCGGGCCCGGGGCCAGGGGUCCCAGCAGUGAGCGGGGCCCUGCGGGAACUCUUGGAGGCCUGUCGCAAUGGGGACGUGUCCCGGGUAAAGAGGCUGGUGGACGCGGCAAACGUGAAUGCUAAGGACAUGGCCGGCCGGAAGUCUUCUCCCCUGCACUUCGCUGCAGGUUUUGGAAGAAAGGACGUGGUAGAACACUUACUACAAAUGGGUGCUAAUGUCCAUGCUCGUGAUGAUGGCGGUCUCAUUCCACUUCAUAAUGCGUGUUCUUUUGGCCAUGCUGAGGUUGUGAGUCUGUUACUGUGCCAAGGAGCUGAUCCAAAUGCCAGGGAUAACUGGAACUAUACCCCUCUGCAUGAAGCUGCUAUAAAAGGAAAGAUCGAUGUAUGUAUUGUGCUGCUGCAGCACGGAGCUGAUCCAAACAUUCGGAACACCGAUGGGAAGUCAGCCCUGGACCUGGCAGAUCCUUCAGCCAAAGCCGUCCUUACAGGUAAGGAGACAGAGCUGCCCAAUUAUCCUAUCUACUAG